AUGUCCCGGGCCCCCUGCUCUGUCCUCAGCCCUCGCCUGGAUCUCUAUAAUUUCCAGAGCGCGGAGGCCGAGCUGCGCAGCCGCUAUGUGCUCACCAGCCCGCGCUCGCUCCAGGCGUGCGCGCGCCGCCACGUGCAGCCCGUGCAGCUGCUGGCGCGCUCCCUCCGCGAGCUGGCGCGCGACGCCCCGCUCGAGCCGCUCCGACACCUGCACCGCCGCUACCAGGAGUUCGAGAGGGAGCGCCGCAGGAGGCUCCGAGAGUGCAGAGAAGAGAGACAGCGCAUCAUAGAGGAAGAAAAGGCCAGAAGAACACCCAUACCAACUUGUGUGAAAUUUUCUGCGCUACAAUCUACAAAUGAAUCUGGUCUCCCCAAAACUGAUGUUCUGGAUACUGUCCAUGAAGACCAGAGCUCUUCAAGAGCUCCUCUAUCAGAUGGCAAGAACAUAUCAUCAUCUGUGGGGGCCAUUUCAGAAGAAAGUAAAAGACCAGUGGAUAUGUCUACACAGCAGAAGAGGAAGAAUUCGCAGGACACCAGUCUGAGUGGGUAUUUUCGCAAGAACACCAGUCUAGGUGACCUAAGGCAGUCCCCUGCCACAGCGAAGAAACUGGACAAACUCGUUAGUGAGAUUCGAAGGGAAACCAAUGUGAUCAUUCCCGAACGUGAUAGGAAGAUUGCAGCGUUAAUGCUGGUUAAACAUCAGGAAGAACAGGAGAGAUUGGAACAACGUCUCAGAGCCCAGCAGUUCUGGGAUAAACUGAAGAAGACAGAAAGAUUAGCACAAGUGAAGCUAGAAGCUGAAAGACAAAAAGGCCUGAUCAAGAGCAUUGGCAGGUGGAGAAAAGAACAGGAAAUGAGACAGUCCAAAAUUCAACAAGAAGUAAAACAGCUGGCUGAACUGCGGAAGAAAGACGUGGUUUCCAAAGAAAAUAAAUGGAAAGUAUUGGUUGAGGAGCAGGAAUUAAAGAAAAAAGAAAAGUUAGAACAAGCCAAGUAUGAAGCAGAAAUCCGUAAACAUCACCAAAAUCAAUUGCGGGAACAAAUGGAAACCAUCAAGCAAAUCAGCAAGGAACGAGAAGUACAGGCUUCACAGGUAAAGCUGUCAAAUGCAGCUCAGAAGCGACUGCUGAAAGAAAUGAGCAAUCAGAACAAAAUCAAGCUGGACAAUGAACAUGAAAAGCUGAAGCACAUGAUCAUGAAAAAGGAGAUUGACAAUCUGACCAAGACUGAAGAAUUAAUGGUGAGGAUGUCACAGGAACGGAAGCUUUUACGAUUCAAGGAAAACCAUAAACUUCUAGUCGAAGAAAGAAAGAGAGGACUGAGAGAAAAAGCAACCCGAGAGAAAAGCCAGAUCCUUCAAGCUAAGCUAAGGGCUGAAAAACUAGAACAGGAGCAGAAGGAGCGUAAGGAAGCCCUGGCUGAAAUCUCUGACCUCAAAAUAGAACAAGCUCAGAAAGCUAUGUUAAAGUGCAUUCAAAAUAAAGCCCUUCAGACACAAAAGACCAGGUCAGAGAAAGAGAGGAUCCACCAGCAGAUAAAAAAGAAGGUCAAGGAGGAAGAAGAGUGGCAUCGACAAGUGAUGGAAGAAACAAUUAAAAGGAAAGAAAAAAGAAGUGAAGAAAUUUUGAAAGUGAAGAAAGCAACUAUUGAGGAGUCUCGCCAAGUUGCCCGAGCAGCCUUCCAAAUGAGAGAACGCGUGCGAGAGCAGAUUAACAGCCGUUCGUUUGAUCAAAUGGCCAUGGAAGCUGAGCUUUGGGCCAGCUUAGUGAAAAAAAUAGCUUCCUGAUGUCUGAGGGG